CUUCAUCCUCCACCACCCCCAGGAUCACCACCUUAAAUCAGUCUCCUGUGUUGGCAGAGAAUGUCCAUCAGCCUAAAGCAGACAGGAGGCGUCAUUUCUUCCCCAUGAUGAAGCUGGGAGCCUCGGCAUCGUCCUCAGCCUCUCUCUCACCCUCUUCUUCACUGCUGCUUGAGCUCUUUUUUGCGUCCUCUUCUUUCUCGUUUGAGGCCUCUAGUUUGGCCAUCUUCGCCAUCAGUUUUUUCUGUUUCAGCUUGUCCCUCUUCUUCCUGCGCUUGGCCGUCCUGUCGUCGGCGUCCUGCUGGUUUUGAUCCACCUUAUCCAGGUACUCUAUGUCUUUAUUAAUCUUGUCUGAGAUCUUGUCCAGGAAGUCCUGCCGCUGAUACUCUCUUCGGCGGAGGUGCCGGUAGACAUGAAACUCCCCGCUGCCUGCUCCGGCGCUGGAGCCCAUCACGUCCCGGACGAACUCCGGUGGAGCCCGUGGGUUCCAUUCUUUGGGUCGGUCUGGGAUGGGAGCCAGCUUAUCCGGGUUCCGCAUCAACCUCUCCAGUUUUAGACGCUGCUCCUCCGCCGGAGUCUUGGCGAUGACCAGAGGCUGGGCCUCUUUUCCUCCAGGUUUCCCUGGCUUGUUGUUCUUUUGCAUCUGCGCCGCCAUCUUUCAAACAGUCGCCGUCGUUUUCCUGAAGUCAACCCGGAAGUACUUGAAGGCUUCAGUAACCCGGAAACAAUAAUUUAAUAAUUUCUGUACAUUUAUUUUUUAUUCGCUUUUAUUGUCAAAUGUAAACAUAAAUGACCGACUAAGCAUCACUAGUCAUGAUUUCAUAGUUUGUUUUUAUGAAGUCGUCAUUUUUCCUUGUGUAACUGCUGUGAUUGACGUGUCCCUCACCCAAUAGGAAACCAGGUUAGAUUUAUUUUGGGGCGCAGCCGUCCAAUCAGCGUGCAGGUCCCGCCCCUCCUGUACAGAGUGAAGUGUGUGGACUGGCUGGCGUUAUUCUGACUCGUACAGCACCCGGACAACAACUUUCUGCGAUUUUCCUUCUCUUCAUCUGAAGGUAACACCUAACCAAGACUAUGAACAGUUUAAUCAGAACCACUGCGAGGUGUCUGCGGUCAGGGGCCGCGGUCUACCUGCCCCGCCAAGCCGACAGCCGUGUUUGGUGGGGCCCGGCCCGGCUCCUCUGCGCGUCUGCGGACCUCCAGAAAGACCUUGGUGACAUGGUAAAGAAGGACAAGGUGGUUGUUUUUAUGAAGGGGACGCCGGCUCAGCCCAUGUGUGGCUUCAGUAAUGCAGUUGUUCAGAUUCUCCGGAUGCACGGAGUUGACGACUAUGCUGCGUACAACGUGCUGGAGGACCAGGACCUCAGACAAGGAGUCAAGGACUUCUCCAGCUGGCCCACGAUCCCUCAGGUGUACUUCAACGGCGAGUUUGUGGGCGGCUGUGACAUCCUGCUGCAGAUGCACCAGAACGGAGAUUUGGUUGACGAGCUGAAGAAGCUGGGCAUCAGCUCUGCACUGCUGAACGCUGAGAAAGAAUCCAAGUAGAUGAAGAAGAAGAUGAAGAAGAAGAAGAAGAAGAAGAGGAGGAGGAGGAGGAUCAACUCUCAACAGCUGAUGAGACAGAGGACACAUUUAUCAGGUUAAAUCCCCCACUCAGAUGAUCACAGAUAAAUCAACUCUUCAGGCAGUAGUAGCGGAAACAGACUCACCCCUCGAGCACAUUCGGGCACAGAAAGAGUGCAGGUAACAAGGACGAGGGAUAGCACUGUAUCUUGAGUCGUUAACAUCCAUCCAUAUCAUGUUCCAUAUACACACACACAAAGCUUGGAGUGCUAUACAAAGCUCCUGCUUCACUUCUUGUACUCAUUCAGGUCCUCUCAAUAUGUGAAUCAGAUGGUGAGAUCUUGAACCUUGAAGAAAAAUAAAUAAUAGACUGUUCACCGAAGUCCAAAACCAUUUUAACCUGUCCCUCUACAUGUGUUUCACAUCUUCUCUUUAAAGCAGCAAUCAACUUUUUUUGUUUUUCAUUAGUGAAUUUGCAAACAUAACACUGAGCUUUGAAGUGAUAUUGCAAACUUGGCUUGCAUCCGUUCAGAAAUAAAGCUUAAUAUGUUCCACGAUGUAAGGCUAGUUGCCAACUUAGCUGUCUUCUAAUUGGUGCUUUACAGGUAGCCUACUCUAGGUUCAUGAUCCCAAUUGUAGUUAAGAUAUCUUCCUUCUACAGUAAAGAGGCCCAAAACAGUGACGAUGUGGGCUAGAAAACCAAAACAGAGCUAAAAGAUGCUAAUGUAGUUUGGAGAUUCCUCUGUGGGGUCAUUCCUUGGAGCAGGCAGUCAUUUUGAUCUGUUAAUGAAAUAAAACUAAUGAACUGAGUUGAUUAAAGCAGCUUUAGUGUUGUCACAUAGCACAUGAGGACUCUUUUAUCUUUGUCUCUUAUUUUCAACAACUCAUAUCUAAAAACAAAUAGCUUCUUAACACUCCUUCAAAAUAAAAAUCUAUACCAGCAGGCUUUUUGUAUUAUAGUACAGUGAUGAACAUCUAAUCAUAACACAUCUGAUAGAGAACUGAUCUACAUCUAUGUAACUAACACUGCCAGAGGGAGACUUAAGAGUUCCCUCCCUGGGUAUCAGUAAGUUUACACCAGAGUUCUUGCAGCCUUUAUCAUCGUCUCUUCUAAAAAGUACUGCUACAUUAUCUGUCCACCUUUUCUCUAAGUCAUAAUCUUGCUCAAGACCAACUGAGCCUCAGGGUGCGAUUAAUGUCAGCAAACUAAAAACUGUUCUAAAUGAGCUGCCUGUGACUUCAGUACACAAAAGAGAAGAACAAAGAGAGAACAAUGCUGUAAAAGAUUACUAAAGCUGCAUCAGUUUCAAGGUUAUAAAAGAUAAUUUUUUGGUUUCUAACUCCAGACAUGGACUACACCCGUGUCUCCUGUUUGUUCUUCCUAUCAUGAGCUACACCCACAAUGUGUCCUCUUGUUUUAACUGUGUACGCCCGCUGAAACGCAACAAACACCUCUACACCUUUAUCUCUCUCUUCCUGAGGACUGAGUUGCAGCAUAAUUGGAAAACAGAAGCAUAUAUAUUUAAACUGUUGUCAGUCCAUGUCUGUGGUAUUUGUUAAAUUGUUGCUCAAUGAAUUUUCUUUUUUUUUUUUUAGGGGUAAGGACUAUUUUUUCUUCCUUCUUGUUUUCUUCUUUUGAGUUUUUUCAAUGAGCCUAACAAACCUCAUGAAUCCUGGAUGUCCUUCCUGCUGCACAGUUGUAUUAUCAAAGCAAUGGUCAUGUAGUACACUGUAAAAUAUUGUACAUUGAAGGCAUAUUAUUAAAUGUAUUUUAGCUGCAUGUGAACCCUACACCAAUUAAAUAUUUUGUGACACAAAUAA